UAAUUGACCUGAUGAAGGAGCCAAGGAUGAGCUCACACGGUCAGGAGGGUUUCUGCUCAUAAGCAAUAAUGUUUAAUAUAAUAAGGUGACUAAGGUGCUUUGAAUUCAUCUGAUUCAUCUGAUAUCUGCUAUUUAUAGCAGCUUCCAUGUGUUAUGUAAAGCUGCAUGUGUAAUAUUUAAAUGUAUCUGAGCAGUAAACACCCUCCUCCCCUCCCCUGCAGCUUCCCAUGCCUUAUAACAUGCCUAUGGCUGCAGGGAUUAUAUAAAUAGUUGUGUUUGUGCAUGAUGCAGCAUCUGGGGAAUACAUCCAGCUGUAAAUAGAGAACAUAGUGCUCCCUCUCUCUCUCCUCUCUCUCUCUCUCCCCUCUCUCUCUCUCUGUCUAUCCAUCUUUCUAUCUGUCCUCCUGACUGCAGUCUGCAUACACUGCCACACUGCUGCUGCUGCUGCUGCUGGUGGUGGUGGUGGUGGUGGUGUGUGAUAAGAGCAAGUGGGAGGAACAGCUUCCUCUGUUUUGCCUUAAAAAAAAAAAGAAAAGAAAAUGACGAGACAUCUUCCUGGAGGAGCUGCUGCUGCUGCUGCUGCUGCAGCAGGGUUGGAUUUGGCUUCUGGUCUCCUGCAUUGCACAAUCGUUCCCCUCUGCUUGGACAGAUAAAUAAGACAAGGGAGAAAAAAAGAAGAAGACGAGGAGACGCCACACGGAAGGAGAGGACGGAAAAGAGCCAUAGAAGGGUGAGGGGGGUGUGGAACAUAAUAGAUUUAGGAAAGAAAAAAAAGAAAAAGGAGAGGAAGAGGGGGAGAAGUUGAAUGGCAGAGGAGGUGUAUGAGGGUAGGCAGGGGUAGACACGGGGAGCAGGAGGUAAGAGUGAGUAGCACUGCAGUAGAAUGAGGGUUAGAGUGAAAGAGAGAGCCAAGAAGAAGCAUUCGAGCUGCCAGCCUUUCACACGCCACCCAGGAUCCGUCGCUUUCUGAAGAGGGGGCAACAACAGGAAUCCACCGUGGAGCCGAGAAGGAGAAGGAGGAGGGGGGCUGAGGAGGAGGAAGCCAGAGGUUCUACACACAAGAUGGCUGCUGUGUCCUCUGCCUCUGACACUGGGGACCCCAGGGGCAGACACCCCCCUGAACGCAGACUGCUAAUCCUCGGGGGCCCACAGUCUGGUAAGACCUCCACCGCCAACACCAUCCUUGGAGAUGAGGUCUUCGACUCCGGUACUGAGACGACUCACAGCAACGUCGGCCAGACGGAGAUCUACGGCCGACGGGUCACUGUGGUUGACACCCCGCCGUGGGCCAUCCCCAGUGACCCAGAGAGCAACACCGAAGCUGACACCAACGACAACGCCGGCGCAGAGUCGGAGAGCCUGCCGCAGCCCCCGCCGAGCCUGGACAGCGAGGGGCCCUGCAUGGGGGCCAUCCUCUGCCCACCUGGGCCCCACGCAAUCCUGCUGGUGGUGUCGGUCACCCAGCCCUUCACUGACAUCCACAGGAGGGCUGCAGAGGAUCAGCUGGCGGCCUUGGGUGGAGGCACCUGGAGGUACUCCAUGGUGGUCUUUACUGGGGUGGACAAGCUGACUAAAGGUGUGUUCAUUGAGGAGCACAUAUCGAACACUGGGGAGUCCCUGCAGUGGCUGGUGGAGAGAUGUGGAAGCAGGUACCACGCCUUUGAUAACACUCGGAAAGAAACAGAAGACAACACACAGGUACCCGAGCUGAUGGAAAAGGUGGAGGAAAUGAUCACUGACAACCAAGGAUGGUACUUUGAGGUGAACGAGUUGAUUUUACUGGAGGAGGAGCAGGCGAGGAGAGCUCUGGAGGAGGAGAGGAUGAGGAUGGAGGAGCACGCUAGACAGAGGGAUCAGAUGAUCGGGGGACCUCCUAGAGAGCUGAGGUUGCUCUUGCUGGGCUGGAAGGGCGUUGGAAAGAGCUCGGUGGGGAACUCCAUUCUUGGCCGUCGGUACUUUGAGUCAGGCCAGGAGACGGAGCUGUGCCUAAGGAGGCAAGCGCUCGUAUCCGGUCGUCGGAUCACCAUCGUCGACACCCCGGGCUGGGAUUGGUUUUCAGUUAGGCGAACCCCGAAGCGUAUCCGCCAGGAAUCCCAACGCGGAGCCGCCCUCCUUCGACCCGGACCUCACACCCUGCUCCUGGUCCUCCCCGUCGUCUCGUCACUCACCGCCAGGAAGAGGCGAACGCUCCUGGCUCACAUAGAGACUCUGUUUGGCGACAGUGCGUGCCUCCACACCAUGGUGCUGUUCAGCUGUGGUGACUGGCUGGGCCGCACGCCCAUCGAGGAGCACAUUCUUAGAGGCGGGCGGGAGCUGCAAAGACUACUCGAAUAUUGUGGGAACUAUUACCACGUCCUGGACAGUAAGACCCCUGGCAAGGACAGGAGUGUGUCAGUCCUACUGGAUAAGAUAGAGGAGAUGAUCAGAGAGAACGGAGACAAGGCUUUCCUCCCCAUACAGACCGAGUGGUUGAGCGAGGAGAGCUCGUACUCUUCUGACAACACUGAGCCAGAGGAUGACUGUCGAGGAUGUCAACUACAGUGACACGAUCGCACUCAAAGGAAAGCACUCCGGCUUUUUAUCCUCAUUCUGAGUCUUCAAUAGGCCCCAAACAUCGCCUUGUGUAACUUAAACCUCAUCUAGAUAUCCUGCUCUGACUCUGAAGAGUUUUAGGGGAAAAACGUUCGGGAACAGGAGACUCAUCCUGAGUAGCUCUUUGUUAGAAAUGUAAAAGACCGAACUCACUGAUCACUGAGCUAAAAGCUCAACACGGACUGAAGGUGCGAUGAAAGAGCACACCUGAGACUAAAUGUUCAAAAUACACUCCCCUCAAGACCCAAGAAGAGGAGAAAUAUUCUGCUUCUGCUUCAAGGGACCAGAGCUCAAUCCCUGUUCAUGAGCAUGUACACCAACUGCUGCUAAAGAGACCCUGGUUCAACACUGCAGAGUAAAGAAUUACUCGUCAUUGUAACUAUGUUCAGUCUGCACAAAGGGAUAUCAGAUUUGGCGGUAGGACUCAUGUCUGUUAAUUGGAUGGUUUCAAAGUGCGACUUGUACCCUGAACUUCAACCGGACAUUACAGUGUAGUCAUCCCUUCCUGCAUCAAGUGCCAUUUCUGUCGUUCAGUCCGAAGGUUUGGAGUUACAGCGCCCCCAAUGAAUCCCAAACCCAAACACGGACAGUGUUUCAAAAGAUGUGUGGUGUGUCAAAAGAUAAUAACCAGUUUAAAAAAAGUGAGCCUUGAGUUGCUCGUAAAAGUACACCUUUAGACAUGAUGUUACAAUUUGCUUCGUUAACAUUUGGUUCAUUUCUGCUCAGGGAGUCAGGCUUGAAAUGCUUCCUCCAGGGCAAAAAUCUGGUACAUAAACGUACAGAAACGCUGAUUAAUGCUGAUCGUUAAACUGCAGACGUGAGUAACAUAUUAAUUCAAAUUGGAGCUUUUCUUUCUGUUUAGUUUGCUGGACGUAAAACAAAAAAAAAACAAAAAGGAAAGAGUCAGUCUUUGCACUUUGGUUGGUUCCUUUGGUUCUCUUGAAUCCAUCUAAAGUAAAGCAGUAAAUAUAGUCAUGCUUGGCCCACCUCGCAUUCAUGCACACAAGCAGCUCCUAAGACAGCAAAUGUGUUUUGGGGUGGAGAGGCUGCAUUGAAACUGUGUGCGGUCUCAGAUCCCUGCGGAGCUACUUACUUUGGGUGUGGAUCCGCUUCGCUGUUUGUGUUCAUGCAUCCGGUGCAUUUAUCGACAAGGUAGAUUCAGCUAUGUGCCUCAGCAUCAAAGCGUGAGAUUGGGGAGUACGAGCCCCUGCGACAAGGGGCAGUAUCCUGUAGGCUACAUCCAGCUUUCGCAUGCUACAGAAAGACAACAUAACCUCAUAAACCAUAUGAGCUCAUGUAGGGCUUUGACUACCUUUUUUCUACAUCUGUUCAUGACAUCCUGACGAUAGUGAUGUUUUGAAAACAUAAAAUAUAUACUCAGCUCUCAGAGGCAUGUUAAGACACCGCAUGCAGAUUAAACGAGUGCCUAUAGAGUUGAAGGCAACCUCACUUCUUCUUCUUCUUCUUCUUCUUCUUCUUCAUCCUCCUCUGACUCUCGCUUGAGUCUUUGGGGAUUUCUGAUAUGACACAUCACAUCUCUCUAUCUUUACAACAGCAAAAAAGAAAAAAAUAAAGGUAUAUAAGGUAUAGAUAAAAGCAUAUAUAAUAUGUGACCGAUACCACUGCCAUGCUGUCAAACUUUUUAUUUUAUACAAAUGACGUAGCCCAGACACUUGCUUCCCCUACGCUUUCCUGACUCUGUGCUUCAUCUAGUGAUGUAGGCUACCGCAGCACUUUGUGUGACAAAGCAUGACUUUACAAUUUGAUAUGAGGAUGUUUCAAACAUUCAUUUUUUUGGAGUCUUAGAGUCCAAACCUGUCAUCUGUGAAUAUAUUGUAUAAGCCGUGUAUAUUUACAGUGUAAAAAAAAAACAAAAGAAAGGAAAAAAAAUGUCACAUUAUAACGCUUUUAGCGAUUUUGCACUGUGUAAGUUCUACCACUUACCGUAGCCAAAGUGACGUCAACAUCCUGUGUGGUCCUUCCUAAAUGGUGAUUGCGUCAUCAGUACUUUGCUCAUCCUCAGACAACAAAUAAAAGAUAUGGAUAUAUUGUUGUGUA